UAUGAUUAACACCUUCAGCAGACGGGGAUAAUGUCAGCGGAGAAGUUUCGCCCAAUCUUGCUGAAGCAGCUCCGGGAGACGUGGAAAUCUCGCGGGGAUGCUGAUACGAACUGGCUGCUCGUCAAGGUUCUCCAGGUUUUGCAGGCUGUAAGGUACGUUUUGUCUCUAGUUCGGAUUUGGUGUGCCUCGGAUUUGGUGUGCCGCUCAUGCAGGCACUAGGCCGUGUCUCAGGAGUAUGCUCCUAAUAGGAAAUAUUCUGGCAGAUUGUGCACAAAUUAAUCAUGCCAAUGGUGAGUUUGCCCUUCAUU